CAACAGUAACAUUUAAACACGCGCAUCCGUUCUACUCGCGAAAAGUGCUGACGAUGCGUCUAGCGCAGUGUGGCGUGAUUCCCUGGAAAUCCAGCGGAAUGUGGGAAUCGAUGUCAGCAGAACUGCAGGCACAUUAAGUUAUGUUAAGAAUUAUAAAAUUUGUUAAGUUCAGAGUUAAGCGACCGGUUGAACAAUAAAGGUCGUAAGACCGGAAAAAUAAAUUUUUUUCUUACUUUUGACAAGUAAAUUCAUAACUGGCGCCCGAGCUAAAAUAAGCUUCUACGUCGCGAAGGAAAACAAAAGGCGUUGAGAAUCCUUCUUCGGAGAAAGUGGAGUGAUAAUAAAAACAACUGUGCUAGUGUGAGAUCAGGCCCCUUAGUAGCAGAGCAAAAAGGACGCGUUGGACGCAAGCCAACUCAUCAGCACCUAUCAACAUUAACAACCAACAAUAUCAAGAGGCAAAGAAUGAAAGUCGUUAUUGUAUUACUAACGCUUACAGCGGCAACAAUGGCUCUGACCGACUUCCAAAUUACAGACUUCUCAACAGCUCAUAUAAUUACAAUAAGCAAAGGACUGGCCAAAAUACAAGACGUAACGUUUAAAUUAAUACACCUUAUCAACGUCGAACUGUACGAACAAUUUUUGGCAGAGGUAAAGCAAUUCAUGGACAAAAACAUACAGACAAACAGUAUAUUUUACUCAACUUUAAAACAAGAAAUAGAACAGACUAAAGAAGCAAUUAAAUUUAUUAAACCAUCAGGUAGAAAAAUUAGAAGAUCAAUUAACAUCCUGGGUACGGCAUGGAAAUAUUUAUCUGGAACCCCAGAUCACGACGAUUUUGCUGCAUUAGAAUACGACACAAAACAAUUAAACGACAAUAACAAUAAACAAUUUCUACUAAAUCAAGCACUAACAGAACGUAUGAAUAACCUCACAGUAAUUACGGACAGACUAACAAACGCAAUAACAAAAGACAGCUACUUCAAUGACGAACUAGUAAUAAGUAUUCAAAAUAGAUUACGUUUAGUUAAGGAAGAAAUUGUAAACGUUAGAUAUGCCAUCCAAUGGGCAAAACUAUAAUUAGUAAAUAGCAUUUUAUUGAACAAGAAAGAAUUAGAAUUAACUCUUAAAACACUUGAAGAGGAAAGGAUGCCUUUUUCAUCAACUGAAGAAGCCUUAAGUUUUGCAGAAACAAGCGUCCUUUAUAAUUCAGCAAUGUUAGCGUAUAUCGUAAAAAUACCAAUUACGGAAAAAGAAACUUAUGAAAAUAUUUUAAUUAAACCUGUUAAGAGAAAUAAUACGA